UAUUAUUUUUGAGAGCGAGAGAGAUCUACUCGUUCACUCAAUAGCAAAGAUGGUUGGAUUUUUCUAUUCGUCACCUCACUUCAAUGGAAAUCCAAAAGCAAUAGAGAAGGCCAAGAACCAAAAGGUAAUAAUUUAUCCAAAAGGCUUCACCAUCACAUGGGGCAAUGACAAACGCUAUUGGCGUUUCCCUCGUCAAUCUCGAAACUUGAAGGAGUCGAGUGCAGCUGCAGAACUGCUACAAGUGUCAUGGUUGGAGGUGACAUGCUGGACAGACAAUGUAGAGAUCGGAAAAAGCUACAAAGUUGGGUUUAACGUUUCCAUGACGGCCGCUGCUUUUGGAUGGAAAGGAUGUGAAGUUUACAUAAUGGCCAAGAUUGGGAAGGCUGGGAAAUUCGUUUACAAGAAGAUGUGCCUCGAUGGGAAAGCAUCAGAUGGUCAGACCAAAUUCAAUAUGCCCGAGGAUAAUCUAAUUAUCACUGUCAAACCUCCGUCGACCUCGCCGGGAGACAACCGUCUCUACUUCGGAAUGUAUGAGGUUUGGAGCGGAAAGUGGAAAGGAGGACUCAAGAUCCACCAUGCAUUUGUUGAGAAGGUCGGGAAUUAGAGCGAAAAAUGAAACGUGAGAUUGAGCCCUUGUUUUCGAGAUUAAUAAUAUAUGUUUGGUGUUAAUGGAGCCAGGCUCAUUUUGGAUUUUAUAAUAUAUUGAAUUUGUAAUACUUUAAUACAGUUUUUUUAUUGACGUCAACAGUACUUUUAAAUA